GUUCCUGCGGCCAAGAUGGACACACAACUUUUGGCGACAAGUGGAGUCCACGUUCUUUUCUUGCUGCGUGCAAGGGCUGCCUGGCCUGUCGAUUUCACACAGUGGAGCUGGAAGCUUCCAUGUGGACGCCCAUCGGCGAUUUGGCUGAGUAGACCACCUCCUGGCUCCUGCUGGUCAGUGUGGACGAUUCGCAGAAUCGAUAAUCGUUCCUACAGCCUGGUCCGGCAUCUCCCCAACUCUUCCCCUCCGGCUGCUCCUCCAAAAUUCUGGCCGGGCAGCCUCCUCUCUCCUCAGCCCUCCUGGUGGCCGUCUCCCUCGGCUCGCCGCCGCCGUUGGCAACAGCGGUGGCACCUGGUGCCUCGCCACCCGGACUUCCGCCAUGAGCAACGAUGCCACUUUCUACAGUGGCCCCCCGGCGACCACGCCGGGAGCGACGCAGCAACCGCAGGUCCCCGGCGGCGUGCAGAACCCCCUAGUGAGCACGCAAACUGCUGGUCCAGACAAACGGCUACUACGCAGGUCCCCCGAUCGAGCAGAAGAAGCCGCAGCCGGCGCAGGCGCCGCGGCCGCCUAAAAAGCAAGGAUCAAGCUUCCUGGCAAAAUGGGCCUCUUGCUCUUGCCUCUUCGGUGGUGGAGCUUCGGCAUAAUAAUACCAAGAGCUGCGGCGACGGCAGUGGAGCAGAGCAUAGUGCAAGGGUGAGAGCAGAGAAGGUUCAAGUAAUUUGGAUGGAGGAGCUUCAAUCUGUACCUGAAUUGUUGCCACCAAUUUCUUCUACACUUUGUGUGCGCUUUGGGCAGCCAUGGUGGGAAACACAGGGUAACUAGCCUCAUGGACGAAGUGAUCUACUGCUUGUAGUUUAGUGGGGUUACUCUCGAUAAAAAGUUAGUUAGAGGUUAUGUGGACAUGGAAGAAACUUGGCUGGGAUAAAACGAGCUUCCUACAUCAAAUUUAUCCAUGAAAGAGGUCUUCAUGUUCAUUUUUUUCCUUGGAUCAUUUAUAUGAAAAAAAUGAGAGUUUGUUUA